AUGGCGCCUAAAAAACGUGGUGCACCUGAAUCCGGAUCGGAGGCAGCUCCUAGGCGCUCGACUCGGGUAUCCGCAAAACCAGUCCCCGCCGUCGAUCAGAAACAAGUAACCGGUAAAACAGCCAAGCCGAAUGGGAAAGCCAAGAAAGCCACGACUCAGACCAAGCCGUCGAAGCAGCCUGUCGCCAAAGCUGAUGCUGAUGGCUCACUAUCAGAAUUAAGCGCUGAGAGUCAAGUCAAGGACCUCGAGGAGGCCGACUCCAUGUCGCCACCCAAGAAGAAGAGUAAAGUAGACAAAACCCCUCCGAGUAAAGAAGGUGCAUUGAAUUCGAAAAAGAAGUUAGCCAUUGGCGAUAAAUUACCAGAAUCAAUCAUCCUCAAGAACCACGAUGACGCUGAUGUGGAUGUACUCGGUCUAACUGCAGACAAAGGAUUGAUCAUGUUCAUCUACCCCAAGUCAAACACGCCAGGAUGUACCACUCAAGCCUGUGGCUACAGAGACCUACACAAGGAGAUCGUUGAUGCUGGUUUCCAAGUGGUCGGCUUGAGUAUGGAUUCCCCAAAGGCUCAAACCACGUGGAAAGUUAAGCAAAACCUACCUUACACCCUGCUCUGUGACCCCGAGCAACGAUUGAUCAAACUUCUAGGCUCAUCUAAAAACCAAAGCUCGGUCCAACGAUCCCACUUUAUCUUUGAAGCUGGCGGAAAGCUCAUUCAAGUCGAUCCGAAAGCCACCACUACCACCAGCCCUAAACAAGCUCUCGACUUCAUUCAAUCCCUAGCGAACGGCACGGCUGCAGAUACAGUCUCUUAG